UAUAUUGUACGAAAUUAGAAUUUCUUACAUUUAUCUGCAUUACAUGUACAUUCAUCUGAGUUGACCACUAGUCAUUUUUUCUAGUAGAUGUCUUAUUAAAGGCACGCACUAGUCAAUCUUAUUACUAAAAAUUAUCAACGAAAUCAUCCAAUUGUGUCCUCAGGUGGAUUUACUGUAGCUUAAAUGCAGAACAAUGCUAUAAAUACAUGUCCCGUUUUCAAUGCAUAAUAGCAAUAGGGCUGAAACUGGUUUCAUUCAAACUUGAAUAAUGAUGGCCCAACUAGUUAUAGGAAAAAUCCAUCUAAAAACAUACAAAAGACACUCGAAAUUUCACACAAAAAUCAUCUCUAGUCACAUCAUUCACUCGUGAGACUUCAUUCAGUUACAGUCGUAAUUUAACGCAGUUCAGCAAGAUGUCUGGAAAAAAGUUAAAUUCAGUGCAAGAGUUCUAUAAUGAUAAGACAAUUUUUAUUACGGGUGGAAGUGGAUAUAUGGGAAAAGUGUUGAUUGAAAAAUUGCUGUACUCAUGUUCGGAUCUUAAACAAAUAAUCAUGCUGAUGCGUAAUAAAAGAGGCAAAACUGCCCGAAUGCGCAUAAAUGAAUUUGAAUCAUUGCCUAUGUUCGAGAGAAUAAUGAAUGAGAAGCCAGAGGUGAUGAACAAAAUUUAUCCAGUAUGGGGAGACAUUUCUGAGCCAAAUUUUGGAUUGAGUGCUGAACAUAUGAAGCAUGUUAUUGAAAAUACAAACAUUGUUUUUCAUUUAGCGGCUUCUUUGAAGCUUGAAGCUCCACUCAAGACAAAUGUAACCAUGAAUUUGGAAUCAGUUAAGCAAAUGUGUGACAUAGCUAAGCAGAUGAAAAAUCUAUUGAUUAUGAUUCACACGUCGACAGCUUUUUGCAUUGUUGAGCAUGAAGUUGUGGAAGAAAAGGUUUAUGAUGUCAAUGAAGAUCCACUUUAUGUUAUUGAAAGUACAAAGCGAAUGUCAUCGGAAGAACUUGCAUUGAUACAAAAGCAAAAACUUGGAAAGCAUCUUAAUACCUAUACCUAUACCAAGCGUCUUUCUGAAGUUUUAGUCCGCAAUGAAUAUAAAAGCAGCAAUUUACCAGUCUGUAUUGUCCGUCCAAGUAUGGUUAGUCCAGCUCUUGCUGAACCACUUCCUGGAUGGGUUGAUAGCUUGAAUGGAUCACCCGGAGUAAUAAUUGCAGGUGGACGAGGCGUUUUGAGAUGCAUGUUGAUGGAUAUGAAUUCCACUAAGAACUUCAUACCUGUUGACACUUGUAUGAAUGGCUAUAUUUUGAUUGCAAAGGAUCUUGGAAGUGCAAAAGAAAGGUCAAAAGACAUUAAGGUCUAUAAUCUCACAGCUGAUGAAUCAAAUACAAUCACACUUGGAAAAUUCUUUGAAAUUGUUGAUAAUAUGAAGAAAACUUGUCCUUUAUCAUUUGGUGUUUGGUAUCCGAAUGUUACGAUAACACAAAACAAGCUACUUUAUUACUUCAGCAUCAUUAUGUUUCAAUGGAUUCCAGCAAUACUGAUUGACUUUCUUUUGAUGAUUUGUGGACAGAAGAGAUUUAUGAUUAAGGUUCAAAAGAAGUUAUUCACUGGUAUGGAUGUGCUUAGAUGCUUUUUAUUAUACAACUGGAUAUUUAGGACAUCAAACUUUGGAGAUCUGAUGAAAACACAAUCGGAAGAAGAAUAUAAAACGUUUUUCAUCGACACAAAAAAAAUAGACCCUGUGAAUUACUUUGAAUCUGGUGUGAUUGGAGGUCGAGUAUAUAUCGGAAAAGAUCCUAUUUCAACUAUACCAAGAGCUAGAAUCCUCUAUAGAAUACAAUAUGCUGUUCAUUUACUAGCUCAUGCACUGUUCUUCUACUGGUUAAUAAAGAAGGUCUUAAUUUCAACAAAUCUGAUGGAUCCAUUCCUGGGAUUCAUGAACAACUCACAAGGAUAUGUUGCAAGCAAAUUUUAAGAUUUUAUCCUACUUGAUAUUAUUGAGUUUAUGAUGCUUUUGUUUUCUGGUGUGGAAUAAUAUAAGUUUUAUGCUCAAUCAUUUUAAUUUUAAAAACAUUGUUA